AUGUUUUCACACAAGUUUCUAAACGUUAUAAAUGUUAUUCCUCGUAGACGAUCUUUUCAAAUUUUUGCUUUUUCUACUUUUUCUCAACAACGAAUAUCAAAUAAUUACACUUCUUCUGUUUCUCCUUUUGAAAGAAGUGGUAGAAAUCGUAUUGGUUCAAAAACCACCACAAAUGAUAAAGAAGGAAUUGAUUCUUUUCUUUUAAAUUUUGCAAAUAAACAAAAAGAUAAUGGAUUAACGAACGUAAAAGAAUCUAAUGAUACUGAUUCAAGUUCUUCAUCUCCUAAUUUUUUACUAUCAAAUUUUACAUCUAAAAAAUCUGAUACUACUCAAAGAACUUCUGGUUCUGAUAUAGCAAAACUUCUAUCCGACUUUUUGGUACCAUCAGAAGAACUUUAUCGAAUUCAUAUUCGUGCUUCUUACAAUAAUACUAUAGUAUCAUUAACAAAUUCUCGUAAAGACGUAUUAAUUAAUUCUUCUGGUGGACUUGUUGGUUUUAAAAAAGCUCAGCGGGGUGGUUAUGAGGCUGCUCAUCAAGCUGCCAUUGCUUUAGUUGAAAAAGUUAAAGAAAAGGGAAUUAAAAUUAAGAAUGUGGAGGUUUUAAUAAAAGGUUUUGGUCCUGGAAGGGAUGCUGCUUUUAAAGCUAUCGCGUCACCAGAGAAUCCUUGGACUAUUAAGAGAAUUACCGAUUCUACUCCAUUGCCAUUUGGUGGGUGUAGGCCAAGGAAGGCUAGAAGAUUGUAA